GUGUGCCGGGUGAUUUCAGGAAGUGAAAAGCCGAUAUUCCGCGCGGAAGCUAAAAUUGCAAGAUCGCCGCUUUCAAAAAAGACUAACUUAUUGAAGAUUACGUUCAGCCACCCCGUAAAGCAUACUGAAAAUUACAUGCACGCAAGAAUAACCGUUUAAAAAAUAGCCUUAUUUUUGGGAUGUAAAUACGUGAAACUCACAAUUGUAGUGACGUAAGCGACGUGAUGCUACCGUUUGCUCAGCUGUGCUGCAACUGCGCCUGUGACUAGCUUGCCGGUAUAUAAGACCACAGGUCAGGAUUUAGCAAGCACUCUUCAACUGUCUCAGCUGUCAGCACCUCACUCGUCCACGAUGCAGUACAAGGCUCUCUUCUUCCUGGUAGCCCUCGGGCUGGUGCAGGGGAUCUCCGCCAGCUCCAAUUCCAGCACCAACGCCAGCAUCGUCACCAGUGUCAACACCUCCGUGGCUGAAGAUGUCAACAUAUUCUCAACCCUGAUACAAGCGGCCAUCAACGCAUCGGAAACCUUCACCAACCAGACGAAGCUGGAAGAGUUGUUGAACAAGACCGAGGCGUACCUGAACCAGACGGCGGCGUCCAUCAAGGCCCAGCUCAACUCUUCUUCGGCGGCGGUGAGCGAGGCGGUCGAGGAGGAGAUGAGCAAGUUGUCCGACGCGUGGUCCAACUUCACCUCAGCCGCCGCCAACGCGACCUCCAAGUCGUCCGUGAGCGCCGCCAUGGCCAGCGCCCUCUCUUCUUGGGAGAACGCGACCAAGAACGCGAUCUCCGCGUGGCAGAACGCGACCAGCAACGCGGAAUCCGCGUGGGCGAACGAGACUUCAGCGUGGCAGAACGCGACAAGCAACGCGAUUUCUUCAGCUGAGACCGCAGCCAACGAAACGGCUUCUGCAUGGAUGAAUGCGACGAGUAACGCGAUUUCUUCAGCUGAGACCGCAGCCAGCGAAACGGCUUCUGCAUGGAAGAACGCGACGAGCAACGUGGUUUCUUCAGCGGAGACCAUAGCCAACAACAUAAAUAAUGCUAUCGAGUCUUUCAUUCCAAACAUUUUUGGCUGAUUUGUAGUCAUUUUCAAAAUGUGACAAACUUGUAUUAUAGUAUAUAAUUAAAUUUCUCGCUGAGAAAUAACUAA